CGGCGCCCACUCUUGAAUCCGACGCGGCGCUAAGCAGUUCUCGCGAUUCCUGCUGCGAUGCACGUGAAUCAGUCGACAUUCACUUGUUGGUGGCGACGGACAGUAUCUGUGAACUGUUGUUGAAAAUUUCCGAAGAUCACCUCCAGAAAUAACAUCGUGACCGGUUGUGUUAUCGUGAGAUCGUACGUGUUGUAGAUUAUCUUCAGAAAAAUAAUGGGCCAGUGACACUGAUUUCACCGUCAGAAAUGGAAGCGGAGGUUAACCCGAUCGCUACACCUUACGUAGAUGUUAACAAAUUUCAAGGGGAUGAGGGCGCAGCGUACGAUGUCGAUGUUGGAGGCGGCGUGGUGCUGCAACAGCAGUGGGUGACGUUGACAGCUAGCAUGUGGCCCGAGCCUACGGCAGCCUCAACCAGAGGCUGGAGAAUCUCUUCCGAGCGCCUGCCCGUCUUGGCCGCCGUCUUCUGCGGGGCCGCCCUGGUCGUCUGUCUGCUGUGCGCCUUCUUCCUCUACCGGUGCUGUGUCAUGCCGCGAAGGGAGAAACAUUACUGUGAGUAUUACACUUUUUCUAAUAUACACACAAAACGAAAAUCCACCAAGGUAGGACAAGGAUAA